AUGGUGGAGUGGGCACGGGCGCGCCAGAUUCUCUUCCGCAUCUUCUACAGCACCUCAUUCACCGCAGUCUUCUUAAUCCAGAUCAGCUUCAUUUGCGUAACUCCUGCAGAUGCUCUCUACGAAUCCUACAAACGGCGUCGGCUGCUUGAUAUAUUCUUGAUCACGGGCACAUACGUCAUUACCGCCUUAAUUGCCAUUCUCAUCUAUGCGUCCCGAAUCUACACGAAUCGUUCGAUUCUUAAGGAGAUACCGAAGACGUUUAUGCCUAUUGAACAGGAGGACCUACCAGGAAGACGAAUUCACAAGUUAAUCCAAGAAUGUUUGGAGAGAAGUGCCGUGAUCGCCUAUCAAUCCAGGCCACGAAGUCGGAUGAUUGAACAUGACGCCGUCAACGCGGGUGCGAGGAUGCUGGCUUUCACCAAAUCACAGUCGAGCAGCGACCACAGUCUCGAGUCGAGAUGGGGGAAGAUAGCUCAUCCAGGAUGGUCGUCGCCAGCAUCCAAGGAUCUUCCCAAUCUGGAGUAUGCCACCGUGAUUGACGAGUUGGCCGAUCUCGUCGAAGCGAAGGCCGUCAGCCUUGCCCCUGUUGAUCCACUGGCUGAACCUGGUCCCGAUGGAAUGCCUAUGCCGGAUCCAAGAGUAAUCGAUGAACUCACCAGGCCUGCGACGAUGGGUAUGAGACCAUACCUACGACAUCUCGUUGAAAUUGGUGUCGUGCCAGACACGUCCUUGACAGCAGCCUUUCUCACAGCUUACGAACACGCACGCUUCUCAUCCGAACCUCUUACUGAAGAAGACUUCCAAACGUUGAUGCGGCUAUUUGCCGAGUUGCUCCGCAACAUGACACCGGUGGACGUCGAGAUGCUAGAUCUAGAGGACUCGUCAUACACAUCACACUCCGAAACCUCCAGCACGACGGACCAGCACGAUCAUUACUCUCGUCGGCAUGUAGACAUGGAAAUAUCCUCUGCCGACUCGACUUUCUCCGACUCCGGCUCUGUGCGACAUCACAAGCCCCCUCCUCGUCGUGUCUCAGAAGACUCGGCCCCUUCCCUCUCCUCCUUCGAGCGCGGUCACGGCACGGAAGAAGAUUCCGAAGCAGACGUACGCACCUUGCGCACUGCGCUGACGACAGCGCCCCGUUCCCGCGCCACACCCACGCAAGGCUCGACUUCACGCAUAUUCUCGGCCGCAUCCAGACCAGGUUUUCGCUCAGGGGAACUUCAAGAGUCGAUACGCUCAAGGCCCUCGUCGAGAUCAUCCAUGAGUUCUCGAAGCUCAAGAUCCAACGGUAGCGUUAUCCGGCUGACGAGGGAUGGUGAGCGGAGCGAACUUCCGUAUCGGAUACAUGUUCGCCGCAUCGAGACGCCAUGA